UCCAUAGUAUUGUGCUACCCCAGUCGCAGUGGUGUCAGAUUGGAUUAUUUCUGCAGUGUGGAUGCAAGCUAAGAUGUUUUAAUAAUAGUAUUGGUAGACUCAUGGUUAUUUUAAAUAUUUUAAACACAUUUUUCUAAAAUAAAAAAAUGCCUGAAAGCAUCACAUAACAACUAAAAACCACAAUUACAGCCAAAAACAAUAGAAACAGGAUAGCCAUAAUCUAAAACUACUCUUCAUCCCAAAUAACAUUCACUGUUAUGCAGCCCAGUGCUUACAUGCAUUUGGUAAUUAAUCUUAUUGAGUUCAUGGUUUCACUUGCAAGUGGCUGUGCAUAAAUAGAAAUUCAAGGGGUUAGCAUAUCUAGUCAGAUCAGCUUGUUGAAAAAUAAUAAUCCAUGAUCAAAAUUGAAACAUUUGGUGGAGAAGGUGUUAUAUUUGUAACAAACAUUUAUUUUAAAAAAACCUUCUGUGUUUGAUGUCUUUGUCUUGUUAUUCUGAUUGGUGCAGGUUUUUCCAGUUAAAGGACAGUCAAAUUCCAAAUCGGAUGUAGAAGAGGUCAGUAAUGUGAGUCUGCCUAACAGAAGUAAACUGAUGGAUUUCCUCCAGUCGGAUGAGGACACAUUAGCUUCUUCGAGUUCUGAUAAGGGGUUUUAUGACACACUUCAGACCAUGAAAAGCAAAAAUAGACAGUAUUUGCUAGAACUAGGUCUUAUGUACCAGACAAAACUGGAGAACAUCCACAAACUAUCCAAGGAAGAGAAGGAACUGGAAGACUUUUUCCAGGACAAUGGAAGACUGAUGUUGUCAACAAAGUACCAUGAAGCUUUAAGGUCUGGGAACAUAAGAAGGUUCAACUCUUUGACUGACCUCACUUUAGAUAGCUCAGACGACGAGCAUAAUCAUUAUUUACCUCCACAGUCUUUUUCAAAACCAUUGAGUACCUCAGCUACCUGGAUCUCCUCUAUCACAAUCCCUCAGCCCUUCAAAAUGACAUUGCGAGAAGCUCGCAAAAAGUCUCAGUUGUUAAAAUCACACACACUGCUUGAACUUGAGACAACCACAUAUAAAAAACAGAGCCAAGAAGAAGCCGAAUGCCAGAAACAGUUCAGGGCCCAACCUGUGCCUGCACACAUCUAUUUGCCUCUCUACCAGGAAAUCAUGGAAAAGAAUGAAAUGCGUAGACAAGUGGAAACACAGAAGAGAAGGGAGCUGCUCCUUUCAAUGCAAAAACCCUUCAGCUUUCAGGAAAAAGAAGAAAAGAGAAAGGUGGCCAUCCGCCAAAAGCUUCUGGACAUAAUGGGUUCUGCUAACAAAACAGCACCAAAAGUCAUGAAGAAGAUCCCCAGGUCCACUUUUGAACCAAUGUUUGGGGAUAAACUUAAAGAAGCUGAACUUCUAAGAAAAAUCCGUAUCCAAAUGAGAGCCAAGGAUUUACUGGAAAGCUCCUGGGCACCUAUAGAGCUUGGCAAUAGACAAAGACAGAAACAAUACCAAAUUGCCACCAAAAACAGGGAACAAAAACUGAGCUUUCUACAGGAGAAUUUCAGUUUUAAACCAAGAAUUAACACAUCAGUGCCUGACUUUAAAGGACUUUACUGGGCUUUCCAAAGAGAUGCACUAAGCAAACGAGAAAUCAAAGAAGCAACCCAUAAUAAACCAUUCCAACUGAGAACAUCUAAUCUCCACUGCAAACAUCAGGAGAUGAUGCAUUGCUUUCAGGAAGUGCAGCAACCUUUCAAGGCACCAGUAAAAAGAAGUCGGUCUUUGAUCUGUCUUUCAUCCCUCUCCUCCAAUACACUUCCAGUAUAUAUAACAGAUGCAGUGAGAAAGAGGGAAUCUGCUAUUAGACUUCUCCAAGAGGAUAAAAAAUACAAGGAGAAUGAAGGGUUUCGCUGGGCUGAGCUGCAAAGAAAGAAAUGUCAAGUUAUGCGUAAGUCUGUGAAUUCCCGAGCAAAAGCCAUGGAUCCCCAUAAAAGCUUGGAGGAGAUGCACAAAGAAAAGCUGAAACAGAAUUGGCAGAGUGACCAAAAAAGAAUGAAAGAGUAUAAAAAAGAACUAGACGAGAUGAAGAUGCGAGUGAAAAAUCGACCGUAUCUGUUUGAACAGAUCACAAAGCAUGGUGCUCGGCAGGGAGCACAGAAGGCCUUUCGAGAAACCUUGCAGCAGUUUGGGUUGGAUGAAGAAUUUGUAAGAAACAAAGGGAGAGAAACCACUGACCCAGUAACAAAGGAGAAGUCUGCAACACAAAUAAUUCCUACAUCAGACAAGGAUACAGAAGUUGGUAUCAUAAAGGAACUGUCUCAAGAAGGACAGAGAAGACUAGAAUUGAAAAUUAACAUGUUGUAAUCCUGCACAUCUUCAACAAGUAAAAAAAAGAGAAGCUUUCCUGAAACUGGAAUUAUGCUUUACAAAACCAAAUAUA